CCUGGGUCUGGGGGAAUAAGGGGAUUGAGAUUCCUAGGUCCCAAGUUGAAGGGGAUUGGAAUCUGGAAUGCCGCGGUCCUCAAGUGGGGAGGAGUUUGGGGUGGAGUCCUGGUUUUGGGUAAAAGAGCGACAAGGGUUCAGAAUUACUGAUGCCCUCCCCACCCAGGGGGGCAGAAUCUGAACUUUAGACUCUAAGAAAGGCCGAGGCCUGAGAUCUUAAAGUGAGGAUGGAGCUGGGAAGGUGAUCACAUCCUGAAGCCCAGAGAGGACGAGAUAGAACCCUGCACUCCCGAGCGAUAGGCGGGGUGGUGAGAGCGGCGGCUGGGGUGUCGAGGCCAGGUUCUCAAUCUCCUGAGCAAUCGGGGUGUAGUGAUGGGGAGGAUGUACAGGUUCUGGGUGUGGCUCGUGAGAGGACGCCUGAAGGGGGCGCUGUUUCCUCUCCCUCUCCGCCUAUGCGUUCCAGAGCUCUAACCGCAGCUGGAGACCGUGAGGGCGGGGAUGGACCACUCCCCUCCGAGGGGAUGAGCCAGGGGUCCCCCUGCUAACCCACCUCCCACCGACAUGGAAUGAGCUAUGCCCCUCCCUCUUCCGACUUCCUCCUAAUGGAUUCUGGAAGGGGUGGGGGAGGAGGAGGUGUCCGACCCCCUUGUGGCACCUCCCAGGUGUCCCGGAGGCCCAGCCUUUGUUCCAGUCAGGACAGGGUGUGAAAUGUGGCCACUUAUCCCAGGGCUUCAUUCCAACAGUAAGGGCAGUUUUCAGCGUGGAGGGGGGUGAAGGGUGGGGACAAGGUGCACCCAGGAGGCCGGGUUCCCAACCCACUAUUAGAGAUCCAAGAGCCCAACCCUAUGUUGUUAGUUGCUGUCCAAUUGCAUCUUGCUCAUAGAGACCCCACGCGUGAUAGAGUAGAACUGUGCUCCAUAGGGUUUUCAAUGGCUGUAAUCUUUUAUGAAGGAGCCCUGGUAGUGGCAACGGUUAAGCGCUCAGCGGCUAACCCGCCCAGCCACUUCGAGGGAGAAAGUCCUGGCGAUCUGCUCUAGGCUGUAAAAAAUUAAAGCCUAGAAAACCCCAUGGGACAGUUCUACUAUGUCAUAUGGGGUCGCUAUGAGUCGCAAAACGACUUGACUGGCACCUAACAACAUUUUUCUGCCGAAGCAGAUCCCAGGCCUUUCUUCCGCGGUGCAGCUGGGUGGAUUCAAAUCGCCUACCUUUGGAUUAGCAACCCGCUCGCACCACUCAGGUUCCUGCCCAUCCGUAUUAUUAGAUAAAAAAAUAACCCAAAACUUACACUUUAAAAAAAAAAGUAACCAGAAAUUUAGGCUCCCAGCCCUCUCCUUCUACGACCUGGGAGUCAUUGGGGCUCCCAACCUCCAGAAAUCCAGGAGAGGAGCGCGCAAUCCCGGAGGCCGGGGCGGGGAGGGGGUCCCGGCGCCGCCUCCCGGUUUCCGCCACGUUCCAGAUGGCUGGGCCUAGAGCUUGGAGGCCCUUAUAUGGCGCGGACCCGCCGGGGCUGGCCCGGUUGCCCGCCUCCACAGCCACCGCCCCGGGGCCUUCCGCCCUCCCUCCAGCCAUGUGGCUCCCUGGUCGCGUUCGGGUUAAACUCACACGCGCCCCCGCGCUGCCCUGCAGGGCGCACCCUUGCGCCUUGUUCCCUAAAUGCUGCCCACGCUGUUUGUGCUACUGGACGGGGAGAGGGGCGUGGCGGGGCUCCUGGAAGUCACCAUUUGGAUCCCUUGGUGCUUUGUGGCCAAAUUCCUGCCCUAGCUGGGAGCCACGCCCCGCCUGCGGAGCUUUGGUAGUCGCGGGUUCCUUGUGAGCCCACCGGCUGCGCCGCCUGAGUCCCUGGAGGGCGGAGCCCAGGCUACGCUGGACGCUGACGUCUUCUUUUCCCCUCCUGUCUUCUGACCAGCUUUUUCCAGAUAUCUGACAUAAUCCGCCUGCACCGCCCGAUCUUUCCCUGUCUGGGUCCUGAGCUGAGACCGCUGCCAUGCCGGUGACGGUGACCCGCACGACCAUCACGACCACGACAUCGUCGUCCUCGGGCCUGGGCUCCCACACCAUUGUUGGGUCCCCUCGGGCAUUGACCCAGCCCCUGGGCCUCCUCCGUCUGCUGCAGCUGCUGUCCACCUGUGUCGCCUUCUCUCUGGUGGCCAGUGUGAACGCCUGGACAGGGCCCAUGGGUGACUGGUCCAUGUUCACCUGGUGCUUCUGCUUUGCCGUGACCCUGAUCAUUCUCAUCGUCGAGGUCGGCGGCCUCCAGCCCCGAUUCCCCCUGUCCUGGCGCAACUUCCCCAUCACGUACGCCUGCUACGCUGCCCUCUUCUGCCUCUCCACCUCCAUCAUCUACCCCACCACCUACGUCCAGUUCCAGCCCCACGGCCGUGUUCGGGACCACGCUAUCGCCGCCACUGUCUUCUCCUGCAUAGCUUUCGUGGCUUAUGCCACCGAAGUGGCCUGGACCCGGGCCCGGCCUGGUGAGAUCACAGGAUACAUGGCUACUGUACCAGGGCUGCUCAAGGUGCUGGAGACCUUUGUGGCCUGUGUCAUCUUCGCCUUUCUCAGUGACCCCGGUCUGUACCAGCACCACCGGGCGCUGGAGUGGUGCGUGGCUGUGUACGCCAUCUGCUUCAUCUUGGCAGCCGUGGCCAUCCUACUGAACCUGGGCGACUGCACCAAUGCGCUGCCCAUCUCCUUCCCCAGCUUUCUUUCAGGGCUGGCCUUGCUCUCCGUCCUCCUCUAUGCCACCGCCCUUGUCCUCUGGCCCCUCUACCAAUUCGAUGAGCGCUAUGGUGGCCAGCCCCAGCGGCGCAAGGAUAGGUCCUGUGGCAGCUCACACAACUACUAUAUCUGUGGCUGGGACCGCCGGCUGGCCAUUGCCAUCUUGACAGCCGUCAACCUGCUGGCCUAUGUGGCUGACCUGGUGUACUCUGCCCGCCUGGUUUUUGUCAGGGUCUGAAGGACCUGACAAGGGGCUCCCCGUUUCCCCUCUCUCCAACCUUGUUCUUUUCACCUUCCUAGGUUUUAUCUUCUUUUUUUCUGGUUUCUACUUUGUGUCUCCCCUUUCCUCAACCCUCUUCACUUCCUCUUUCAUUCUUCUUGCCCUCUUUUUCUCCUCUUUCCUCUCUUACUGUUCCCUUUCCUUCCAGUUUUGUUUUGUUGCCCACAUCUGUUUUGUUCUGAGCCAUUUCUCUUUUCUUCUCACUACUUUUUCUUCUUUUUGUCUGUUCUCUGGCUUUUCCUGUUUGUUUUCUCAUUUGCCUAUUUCCCACCCACCUCUUCCCAUCUUCCUGUUUCCUCUUCCCAUUUUUCUUGUUACCUCUUCACAUCUUCCUUCUUCAGGUUUCCUUUUCCUCCCAUCUUCUCCCAAGUUCUUCUUCCCAUCUUCCUUCUUCCUGUUUCCUCUUCCCAUCUUCCUUCUUCCUGUUGCUAAGGAGCUCUGAGACUUCUUUCUCUCCUCUCCACCUCCAAAGGUGCUGAGCUCACACAUCCCACCACCCCUCAUUGUAGCUGUUCAUGCCCUGGGUCCCCCAAGGGGCCUCAUUGCCAAAGCAUGCCUGCCUGCCCUAGCUGUGCCUUAGUGUGUAUGUGUGUGUGUUUGGAGGGGUCGGAUAGCUAGGGAUUGGACCCCCGUUUCUCCCAGUGGAAGAAGGUAUACAGUUUACCUCCCUUUCAAGUUAAAAAACUCUGGAGGUCAAUAAUUUCCAGUGGGCAGGGGCUUUAAGCACAGACCUUCAGUGCCUAGGCCCCUGUCUGGCUCCCAGAUUUUUGUCAGGCUUACAAAAAACCCACUGCCUAGAGGCCAUCUUAAAGGGAGCAAGGGGUGGAUGCUGUCGUCUGUGGGAUCCAAAAAAAAGCCAAGUGAAGAACCACAUUGUUUUGAAGACAACUGUCUGAAGUACUUGUGGGGGGAUGGGGGCAGUGAUAUGGCCUUGAAGCCUCAGUAUUAAAAAUAACUUGUCCUGCUUUUUCAGGAGGAGAAGAAAUGGCCACUGCUGGCCUUAAAGGCAUUAUCAGCCUGAUUUUUUUUUUUUCUUUUUCUGGUCAUGAGGGCAAAAUUGACUGGGUAGUCCUGUUCUUCAAAAUGGAUGUUUCUUUUCAAUUUCUUUACUUUUGCGGGGGAGGAGAGGAGGGGUGAGUUGCUGCCACCAUAGCCAAAAGAAUUGCAUCGCUUGAGUGUGUGGUGUGUGCGCACGUGUGUUUUGGUGUGCUAGUUAUUCCUGCUGCUGCUUCCUGCUUUUCUGGGACUCACCUGCAUGACGUGAUAUAUAUAAAUGUAUAAAUAUAUAUUUUAUUUUUUUUUAAUUCCCUGGACCUUCUGGUUCCCCAUCAGCUCCUGCUGUCAUUCAUAGGAGGAUGUUUGUCCCUUCCCCUCCUCCCAAAUCCAUAAUGUUCUUUUUUUUUUUAUCUCAAUAUAAGAUUAAAGAAGGA